AUGACACGCGGGGUUGCGAUAGUCGUUGAGAGGAUUCGGCAACUUGGUCUCGAGGUGGCUCUGCACAAGUCCGAGGCCAUGCACUUCCAUGGUCCUCGGAACAGGCCACCACCGGGAUCCUCAGUGAUGGUAGGAGGGGUAUCCAUCGGCGUCGAGUCGACGCUGAAGUACCUAGGACUCGUCCUCGACGGCCGAUGGAACUUCGUUGAGCACUUCCGACGUUUGGCUCCCAAACUGGAACGGACCGGGGCUGCCUUCAGGCGGCUCCUGCCGAACCUGGGAGGGCCAAACGCCUCCUGCCGGAGGCUCUACGCGGGAAUCGUGUGGUCCAUGGCCCUUUACGGGGCCCCGGUGUGGGCGCGUGGUUUGGCGCGGCUUGCCGUCCACCACCUGAACGCGCCCCAAAGGGUGAUUGCCGUGAAAAUGGUUCGCGGCUACCGCACGAUCUCCCGCGAGGCGGCGAGCCUCCUUGCCGGAUUGCCGCCGUGGGAUCUGGAGGCGAUAGUCCUCGCGCGCCUGCACGAAUGGCGCGCGGAGGCACUGUGCCGUGGGGAAACCCCGCUGCCGCGGCAAGUUGUCGCGCAGCGGACAGACUUCCGGCACGAUCUCAUGGCGACAUGGAGACAGCGACUGUCGCAACCCCGUGCUGGGCACGCCACUAUAGCGGCGAUAAGACCCCUCUUUGAGGAGUGGCUUGAGAGACGCCACGGCAUCCUCACCUUCCGCCUGACGCAGGUCCUCACCGGACAUGGUGUGUUCGGGAGGUUCCUGCACCGAAUCGGGCGGGAGGAAACGCCCGGGUGCUCCCACUGCGAGGAUGGACCGGAGGACACGGUGGAACACACCGUAGAGGUGUGCCCUGCUUGGGCGGAGCACCGCCGUGUCCUCGUAGCGGCGAUAGGCGGCGGCGACCCCUCGCGUCCGGCCCUGGUCGAAGCCAUGGUCCGGAGCGAGACGGAAUGGGAUGCCGUCACCACCUUCUGCGAAGCAGUGAUGCUAGCGAAGGAGGUGGCGGAGCGGGAGAAGGAGAGAGCAGCAGCUUUCCUCCCCGGCCGCCGCGGGAGACGCCCCGGGCGUCGGGGGCCACGUCGUGGCCGCCGGCCACCGUAG